GUGAGCGUUGACUGCAUUACUCAUACUCGGCCUACGAAUGCAAUGCAUUAACGGAUUUGUAUGAUAUUAUAGACACAGUCUAUGAAUGAAUGCUGUAAUGCCUGUCAUUGAACACACUCACUGACUGUACAUUGAGUCCAAUUGAGUCCAAUUGACACCAACCCCGAAGACAAUGUCCAAACAGGAGCAGAUCCUAGUGCUCGACCCCAAGUCGGAGCUCCACUUCAAAGUCAGUGAGAGGUGUUGUGGAUAUGUGUUGACUCUUAGCACACGCACAGCACUGGUGUUGUCCACAAGACUGCGCCCACGACUGUACUCCUGCACUGAUAGCCAUAUUAUGAGUGGUCCGUUCACGGAUGUGGUCACGUCUUACCUAAAGCUGACGAAUCCGUGCGAACGGCGCGUGUGUUUCAAAGUGAAGACGACGGCCCCC